AUCAAAAUCGGAUGGAAAAUAUUGCCUUCAAUGGUAUUUUGCAUUCUUGCUCUGUCAAAUUGUUUCAGCUACAGACCUAGCCGCGAUGCACAGUCUUUCAACAAAUUAUUUAAACAAUUAUAUGGUCUUCUUACAAAUCAUCAACAUCUGUUAAAAUUGUGCGAAAUCAGAUGGAAGGUUGAUAUGCGGGUCGAGAUCGUUCAGGUAUUCGCUGCCCUGGUGGUAGCAAUUAUUGCGUCUCCAAUUUCCACAUCGAGCCACGUAGUUCACGAAAAGCGAUCCGUACCUCCUCGUCGGUGGUCAAGGCAUUCUAGACUUCAUCCAGCUACAGUUCUUCCCAUACGGAUAGGUCUCACUCAACAGAAUCUGCACCGGGCUGAAGAGUUCAUUAACCAGGUGUCUCAUCCAGAAUCAAGCCAAUAUGGACAACACUGGUCGCCGAAGAAGGUCGCUGAGACGUUCGCUCCCAGUCAAGAUACGCUAGAUACUGUUAUGUCCUGGCUGUCGGCGUCCGGGAUUGAGCUCAACAGAGUCAAAUUUUCUCUUUCGGGGACUUGGAUCAUGCUCAACGCCACCGCUAGCGAGGCUGAGAACCUUUUAAGGGCCGAAUACCAUCUUUACAAACAGCAAAAUGGCUAUUAUCACAUUGCUUGCGAUGAAUACAGUAUACCUUCUCAUCUCAGCAAGCACAUCGACAUCAUCACACCCACGGUCCAUUUUGACAGAAGAAUUGGUGCACCCAGAAGAUUGCAGCACCCCGAUGAUUUGCCACUACCUCUUCGCGGCCUGAACAAGAGAAUGACCAAAAGACGAACCACUACGCCUCAUGGAAUCAUGGGAUCUCCCGAAGACGCGUCAAAUCCCAAGAAGGGAGCUGCUAUCACCAAUGCGCUUAUGACUUUAGAGAAUUGCGAUACCAUGAUCACCCCAGCCUGCCUUCGAGCUCUCUAUCACGCCCCUCUAGGCAGCACUGCAGUCAAAAACAAUAGUUUGGGAAUCGUCGAGUACACACCUGAAGCCUUUUUGCAGUCAGACCUAGACAUGUGGUUCAGGGAAUUCUCUCCGAGCCAAGUGGGCCAAUCUCCAAUUACGAAACUCAUUGACGGUGCUGUCGUUCAGACUCAGAACCAGAGUUUCGGUUUCAACGGCGAAUCUUCACUAGACUUGCAAUACGGUAUGUCUCUUGUGCAUCCCCAAACAACGACGCUCUUCCAGGUCGGUGAUCUGGUAGAAGGGGCCAGCUUUAACAAUUUUUUGGAUGCCAUUGAUGCGACUUAUUGUACAUUUGAUGGUGGUGACUCUAAGAAUCCCACGGUUGAUGCCCAAUACCCUGAUACUCUACCUGGUGGCUUUGAUGGACCGCUGGCCUGUGGAGCUGUCGCAUCUACCAACGUCCUCUCUACCAGCUACUCGUCGAACGAGGCUGACUUGACAGCCAAAUACGAAGAAAGACAAUGCAUGGAAUACAUGAAGCUGGGCCUCCAGGGCGUGUCAAUUCUAUACUCGUCGGGAGAUUUUGGCGUGGCAGGCGAAGGUGGAGAAUGCAUCGAUGCAGGGACGGGUACAUACAAUAACGGAACGUCUGGUUUGUUUACUCCGUCGUUUCCGGGCACUUGUCCUUACGUUACCUCCGUCGGUGCAACGAUGAUAAUGAACGGGUCGACAGUGCGAAACCCCGAAAGCGCAGCCGAGCUGGUCAUCUUCUCCGGUGGGGGCUUCUCAAACGUCUUCUCAAUGCCCUCCUACCAACAGAAAGCCUUGGACAGUUACUUCGCACAUAAUGCUCCCCCUUAUGGAGCUGAUCGUUUCAACAAUUCUCAGAAAGCCCGCGGCUAUCCCGAUGUCUCCGCAAACGGUGUCAACUACGUCGUUGCGGUCGACGGUGACUUUUCGCUAGUGUUCGGGACUUCGGCUUCUACUCCGACUUUCGCAUCUCUGAUCAACUUGAUCAAUGAGAAGCGCAUAGCUGCAAAGAAGAGCCCCGUCGGCUUCCUGAACCCAGCAUUAUAUGCGAAUCCGCAGGUGUUGAAUGAUGUCACGACGGGUGGAAAUCAGGGCUGUGGGACUGCGGGCUUUGAGAGCACCACUGGGUGGGACCCGGUCACAGGGUUAGGGACGCCCAAUUUUCCGGCCAUGUUGGAUCUUUUUAUGGGCUUGCCUUGAGGAUAGAUAGUAGAUGAUAUUAGACUGGACAGCAGGUUAGAUGGUUCAAUAUAAAUAUGAUAACUUCU